AUGAAGUUUCCAUUGCCUUUUCCCCUCGCAGUAUUCGACACAGUACGUAGUGAUGGACGUUAUGGUAAAGCAGAGAGAGAGAAGUUGCUACGUGUGGUAGUGUGUAUGGAGAUCAUUGCUCUCUUCUUUUGCAUUUUCCUCUUCUUCUCAUCCCUUCUUUCCUAUCCAUUAAUCAAGAAACACAAGAAACCUCAACACAUAACUAAGCCUAAGCUUCCCCCUGGCUCAAUGGGUUGGCCUUACAUAGGAGAGACCCUUCAACUCUAUUCUCAGGACCCUAAUAUCUUCUUUGCUUCUAAGCAAAAAAGAUAUGGAGAAAUUUUUAAGACACACAUACUAGGUUGUCCAUGCGUGAUGCUGGCGAGCCCCGAGGCUGCACGUUUUGUGUUGGUGACUCAUGCUCACUUGUUCAAGCCUACAUACCCCAAAUGUAAAGAGAAGCUGAUAGGCCCUUCUGCAUUGUUCUUUCACCAAGGAGACUACCACACUCGCAUCAGGAAGCUGGUGCAAACCUCUCUUUCUCCCGAAACCAUCAGAAAACUCAUCCCAGACAUCGAAACUGAGGUUGUUUCCUCCUUGGAAUCGUGGGUUUCCGCUGGACAAGUCAUUAACGCUUUCCAGGAAAUGAAAAAGUUCUCUUUCAAUAUCGGCAUCCUCUCUGUCUUUGGUCAUUUGGAACGCAAAUAUAGAGACCAACUUAAGGAAAACUACUGCAUAGUAGAAAAAGGCUACAAUUCUUUUCCAAACAGGAUACCUGGAACUGCAUACUCCAAAGCACUCUUGGCAAGGAGGAGAAUCAGAGAGAUUAUAAGUGAGAUCAUUUGUAAGAGAAAGGAACAGAGAUUGCUGGGAAAGGAUCUGUUAGGCCACCUGCUGAACUACAAGGAUGAAAAAAGACAAAUGCUAAGUGACGACCAAAUUGCUGAUAAUGUAAUCGGGGUACUAUUUGCAGCUCAGGAUACUACAGCAAGUGUUCUAACCUGGAUUCUCAAGUAUCUUCAUGAUGACCCGAAACUUCUUGAAGCAAUAAAAGCAGAGCAAAUGGCAAUACAUGAAGCUAAUGAAGAAGGAAAGAUGCCAUUGACAUGGGGUCAGACCAGAAAUAUGUCAAUUACUCAUAGGGUGAUUUUGGAAAGCCUUAGGAUGGCAAGUAUCAUAUCAUUUACUUUUAGAGAAGCUGUGGUUGAUGUGGUAUACAAAGGAUAUCUUAUUCCCAAGGGUUGGAAAGUCAUGCCACUGUUCAGGAACAUCCAUCAUAAUCCAGAAUUCCACCCUUCUCCUCACAAUUUUGACCCAUCAAGGUUUGAGGUUUCUCCAAAGCCCAAUACUUUUAUGCCAUUUGGCAACGGAGUGCAUUCUUGUCCUGGAAAUGAGCUUGCCAAACUGAACAUGUUCAUUUUGAUUCAUCAUCUAGUGACAAAAUAUAGGUGGGAAGUGGUGGGAUAUGAGAACGGAAUCCAAUGUAGCCCAUUCCCAGUUCCUCUACAUGGUCUACCUACAAGAUUUUGGACAAACGAAUAG